GGGGAAUGUUACGUAAUGGGAGCUUUCCGCUUCCAGACCGUAGUGGCCCAGCCCACGCAGCCCAGAGCCCACCGCCACCGGUGUGAGAGAGACCGCCGCGACGCCGACGAGAGAGAGCACUGGUGGGCGUGGCCCGUGACGGAGAUGGCCUUCGCCGUCGCGCCGCCGCCAGUGGUGCCGCUGCUUCGGCCGCCUGUUGCCCUGGUCGGAUGGAGGAGGCGCCCAAGGGCGACCCCUCCGCGGUUCGCCGUCGUCCUGGCGGCGUCUAGCGGAGUCAGCGGAGAAAGGGCCCCGCCGACGUUCGGGCGGCUGCGGGAGGAGCUCCUCCAGCUCCACGCCGAAGCCGACCUUACCCAAUCCAAAGCAAAUAGCGCGAGGGUGAGGCUUGUGAGAUUGACCGAGGCUGCUGAGAAUCUUAAGAAACGAGCCGCAACCAGUGUCCGAAUGGGCAAAGAGAACGAGGCUGUGGAUUUACUUGUGCAGAAGAAGAAAUUGACCAAAGCCCUGGAGAACAUUAAAGAGCGCAUUGAAGUACUUGACAAGCUUUCGGCAAAGAUUAGUGAGGCAAUUUCGAUAAAGCAGAACAUGUUAAUUGAGUAUGCAUUGCGUCCUGGGAUGUCUAAUAGUGAAAACUCUGAUGACAUGAUAAGGGUUUUCUCCAGUACAGUCAAUGAUGGAGUCAAUGGGGCUGAGAGUUGCGAUUCUCGUCUAAAAUCAGUUGAAAAGGAAUCUUUUGAGUUGAGAAAUGAGGCACAUGCAAGCAUGACUGGUUACCAUGAGCAAAGUGCAUUUCGGAUGGCCGAUGGCUUCUCAUUUUUAAAUGAUCCUGACCCAGCAAACAGCAUAAAGAAUACUUCUUCAUAUGAUGGAUUUCUAGAGCAUAUUGAUUUACAGAUGAAAUCAUUAGAAUAUGAAAUUGAACAGUUCAUCAGUUCCCAAUCAGUUGAUGAGGUGGGCAGCGAGAAGCAGAGAAAUGACAAGUGGCAAAGAUUGUCUGACAUACAGAUGCUUGUAAAGGAAACUAGAGAAAGGAUUGCAAGGAUUUUGGAUCUGACAGUAAAAGAGACUGAAUCUGGAGACUUGAGAUGAUAGCAAACCACAAAUCAUUGUAUUGGUGGCAUCCGCCAUCAUCUCUUUGAUGGGUAUCCAAGUUGACAAUGGCUUAUCAACAGUCUGACCUUGCAAGUUGGUUUCCGCCCUUGGGGUGAUCCACUUGAUUUGAGGCAGUGGCAUAUUAUGCAGGACUCCACCCUACAACUGGCGGGGUUGCCUUCUUUUCUGGACAGAAACAUGCAGAUUUGUUGCUGUGCUGAGAUCUGGAUGUCGGUGAUGUACAGUACAGAUCGCACUGACUGAAAAGCUUUCCAAGUUGAAAGAUCUUCAUCGAAGGAACUUGGUUGAUGAUCAUCUCCGUUUCUGCGAGUAGUCGUUAUCUGUAUAGGUGUAUAUGGACCUUGAUUGAAGGCAAUCUUGUUCUCGAGCAACUGUCUCUGCGUGCAUACGUCUGAAGGGAAUGAAGUCGUCAAAAUUGUAAUACUGUGUCUAGAUUUAGCCUCGAGACCGGAGAAUUUAUAAGUGCAGGCCAUUUUUUAAGCUUUCUUCUUUUCAAUUAACAGAGGCAUCGUUGCACUGUUCCAUUUUCAUUAAACGAGACAAUUUAGCGUUCACAGAA